CUUAGAACACAUCACAAUGGGUGCACUUUGGCUUAUGUGCGUAGUAGCCAGUGUUUGCACCAGGGUCAGUGCCAAACCCAGCUCUGGUCUGAAGACAUGGGGUCGCUUUAGUAAGCUGCCGUACCCGGGGGACAAGGCCUUUCUUUACGACACCUUCCCUGAGGGGUUCGUGUGGGCAGUUGGCACGGCGGCGUACCAAGUGGAGGGCGCGUUUGAGAAGGACGGGAAGGGGCUCUCCAUUUGGGACACUUUUACGCGCGGUGGUAACAGGCUGGCGACAGGCGACGUGGGCAGUGACAGUUACCACAACGUACAAGCAGACAUCCGGGCUAUACGACAGCUGGGGGUCACCCACUACCGUUUUUCACUUUCCUGGGCGCGCAUAUUCCCCAACGGGACACGGGGCAGCCACAACGAAAUGGGCACCAACUAUUACCGCACUCUGAUAAAGAAAUUAAAGGAGAUCCGCGUGCAGCCCGUGGUGACGCUCUACCACUGGGAUCUGCCUGAGCACUUGCAGCACACUCUGGGAGGAUGGACCAACCCGCACAUAGUGGAACUUUUUAAAGAUUACGCAGAUUUCUGUUUCCACACGUUUGGGGAUGAUGUGAGGUAUUGGAUCACUAUUGACAACCCGUUUGUGGUGGCCCAGCACGGGUACGGGACCGGGGUGGUGGCUCCCGGGAUCAAGAACGAUCCGGACCUGCCGUUCAGAGUGGGGCACAUCCUGCUGAAGGCCCAUGCUACUGUCUGGCACCUGUACCACAGUCACUACCGGCACCGUCAGAAGGGCCGUGUGUCCAUGGCGUUGGCAUCUCAUUGGAUCAAACCCAGCCGGACACGCCGAGAGAGCCUGAGGGAGUGCCAGUGCUCCCUGGACCAUGUCCUGGGCUGGUUUGCUCGCCCUUUGUUCACAGACGGAGACUAUCCCCCCUGUAUGAAGGAGCGGCUGGGGUCCAAACUGCCCUCUUUCACACCUGAGGAGAGGGAUUUCGUCAAAGGAACGGCUGACUUUUUUGCCCUUUCUCAUGGAGCUGCAUUGAGUUUCCAGCUCAUCAACGACAGUCUCAAAUUUGGACAGCAAGAAGAUCUGGACCUAAGGAUGCUGCUGUACUGGGUCAAUGCAGAGUAUGACAGGCCACCCAUAUUUGUGGUGCAGAGUGGUUGGUAUGUUCUCGGCAACACCAAGACUGAAGACCCCAAACACAUGUACUACCUCAAAAGGUUUAUAGCCGAAGCACUGAAAUCUAUAGUCAUUGAUGGCGUGAAUGUGAUUGGAUACACAGCGUGGUCCCUUAUUGAUGGUUUUGAGUGGUAUCGGGAGUAUGGGAUCAGACGGGGGCUUUAUUACGUUGACUUCAACACUCCUGACAUGAAGAGAGAGCCAAAGACAUCUGCUACUUUCUAUAGGACAGUCAUCCUCAGAAAUGGUUUUCCUGAACUUCCAGAGAACAGACCAGCUCAAGGAGUCUUCCCGUGUGACUUUGCCUGGGGAGUCUCUGCCAACUCCAUCCAGGUGGAGACAGUGCCCAGUCAGUUUGCAGACCCAAGUGUUUAUCUUUGGAAUAUCUCGAACAACGGAGAGCUCAUCAAAAUGGAGGGUCUCAUUGCACCGCCUCUCAGAAGAGCUGUACACUGUGCUGACUAUGCUACCAUCAGACAACAGGUGGAGGAGAUUCGUCAGAUCGGUGUGAACCACUUCCACUUCUCCCUGAACUGGUCGGCCCUGGUUCCUUCAGGGGAUGUGUCCCAUCCAAACGACACUCUGCUGGGGUACUACCGUUGCUUCACCCGCCAGCUGCUGCAGGCCAACGUCACCCCUGUGGUCACCCUGUGGCACCACACCAGGCAGAGAAGCAGCCUGCCUGCCCCGCUCAAUAGUGCUAACAAGUGGCUCAACAUGAAGACCCCUGAGGCAUUUGCGGACUAUGCCAGGCUCUGUUACAGAGAGCUGGGGGCCCAUGUAAAGAUGUGGAUCACUUUGAAUGAGCCCAACGAUGAGAUGGUGAGCUACCAAGAGGGCCAUCAGAUGCUCCGAGCACAUGCUUUGGCCUGGCGCGCCUAUGACCGCGAGUUUAGACAACUGCAAAAAGGACAGGUGUCUUUGGCUCUUCACAUGGACUGGGUGGAGCCCGCCUUCCUGUUCAGUCGUGAGGAUGUUGAACCGGCUAAAAGAGUGUUGGACUUCCGCGUGGGCUGGUUCACAGAGCCGAUCUUUGGCAGCGGAGACUAUCCUAUGGGGAUGAGGAGCUGGCUGCGUCAGCUCAAUUCAGUCAGCCUUCCUGUGUUUAAUGAAAGGGAUAGACAGCUGGUCAACGGCACGUAUGACUUCUUUGCUAUCAGCCACUUCAGUACCAAACUUGUAACUCAUGCCAAAGAAGACUCGUACACUUAUUCUGCCAUGCUAGAAGUCCAACAUAUGAUAGACACCACUUGGAUCAUGUCCCCAAGGCCAGUGGUGCCAUGGGGGCUCAGAAAAGCACUCAACUGGGUAAAGGAGCACUACAGUCAUGUCCCUGUGUAUGUAAUGGCCAAUGGUGUCCAGGAAGACCCAGCUCAUUUCAAAGACAGUUUGCGAGUCUACUACUUGUACAACUAUAUCAACGAAGCACUGAAAGCAUACACACUGGACGGUGUAAACUUGAAAGGUUACUUUGCCUAUGCCCUGAGUGACCAAAGGGACCCUGGAUUUGGAUUAUAUGGCAACAUACAGGAAGAGGUUAUCAUCAAAGCAUCUCUGUCCAAUUACCGAAACAUUAUCCAACACAACGGCUUCCCCAUACAAGGAACGGAUCCCCAGCAGUGCCCUGGGGUGCCUCAGUCCUGUGUGAGCUGCCAGGUCCUAUCAAAGAGGCCAGUUUUAGGCUUCCUCACUCUGGUGGGGUCAGGGAUGUUGAUUACACUUGGUCUUAUCAUUUACUACACUGCUAAGAGACACAAAGAAACCUACUAACCUAAAUAUGAUGCGUCGUGUUAACUAGUCCUGGUCAAAGCACUUAUUAAUGCAGCUAUUUACU